AUCACUCCUGUCUUUAGAGCUGAGGACGAUCCAGUCUCAAGUGUCACUGAGAGGAGCAGAGUCUCUGCAGCUGGUUGACCAAAGAGAAAGAAGAUUAAGAAACAGGAUCUUUCUCAUUCAUGAGGACAACAUUUUCAGACUUCAGGAUGAUCUAUCACCUUCCAAAUCAACACAGAGACUAAAGCUGCUUCACAUUGGUUUGAUUGAUCAACCCCCCGAAAGAGGACUGAAGAAAAAAAGAGGAGGAGGAGGAAAAGUCAGUGUAUCAACAAAAGAAAACCAAAAAGGUCUAAAUUGACGCCUUUGAGGACUAUUGGAUAUAUUGUCCUUCUGAAAUCCAGAAGAAAAGAGGAAUAAAGAAGAAAAAGGGACAGGAGAAAAAGAGGAAAAGUGGUACCAUUGUAAGAACAACCAGAAGUGGAUGUUGAUGACGGUUGCAUCCACACAUUUGCAAAGAAAAGAAGAAACUAAUACUGAAAGAAAAAUAUAGACUGAAGAAAACAAGAAAAUGUUUUUUUUUUCAAAUCCAGAAAAAGAGGAGGAAUAAAGUACAAAAGAAGAAGUUUUUCUGUCAUCCUUUUAAAGAUUUGAGACCUUGUAGACGAGCAUUUGUGCGAACUUCUAUCUCUGAGGUUCAUAUAGCAACAGAGGGAAAUAAAGAGGAACAUCAGCUUGUUAGUGAGUUAAAACAUCUUAGUUCUUAUUUUGAGAUUUUUAUAAAAUAUUUGGAAAGAAAAAGGAUGAAAACAACUGAAAGAGUCUUAAUUUGCAGUUUGCUGAAGACAGAGAAGAUAAAAGGACCAAUAUCACACGUCUAAGGAAGCUACACAAACACAGGAGUGAAGAGUCAAAAGGGAAUAAAAAGGAUACAGAGGAAUACACGGAAAAAGUCAAGAGGAAAAGAGAAAUAUCUCAGAAAAAGAAGAUUUAAAGCGACUACAGAGAAGAAAAAGGAAUAAUCAAUGCAAAAUGAUGAAGGAAGAGUAAAGUGACAAAUCUAUUUAUUAGGGAGAACUGAAAAACAGAGGUCCUGAAAAACGACAAAAAAGGUUGAAGAGGAACAUUAAGAAUAAAGACUGAGAAAGACCCAGGUGUGACGAUGAGGCUCCCUGUGCUUCUUGCAGCUUCUCUCUCUGUCCUCAUCCUCUACAUUGCAGCGGUGGCCCGGGCAGAAAGCCUGGCCCCGGGUCGGCUGGAGCGCUGGGUCCGAUCAGGACUCCAGUCGCUGCAGUGGGACCAUCUGGAGCGAUGCCUCCGCAUGUCCUCCCUCCCUGAGGCCGAGUGCAGGCGCAUGGCUCACCUCCCAAUGUCCUCUGUGGCUGUUUACGUAUCGGAGCCUCGCUCUGCUGCAGGUAACUCAGAAAAAGUUCUGGCCAUCCUGCCGGACUCCUCAGGUGGCUCGAUGAGCUACAAACCACGGGGAGGUUUCAGCGACAGACGCCAGCAAUCAUUUCCCGGCUCCACGGCCCAUGAUGCUGUGCUGGUGCUGGAUCCAAGUCCGGGGGAGAACUUCGGACACCCAGUAGUCCUCUUCUAUGUGGAUGUAAAUGUGACAAAGAAGAGAUGCUCCCACCUGGAUGGCAUUUACCUGGGUGAGGAGUGUUUGACUCUGGCUUUGAAGGGUCGCUGUCAGAACCAGCUGAAGCGUCGGCAAGCCGGGCCAGAGAGGCUCAUGGGUAACGGACAUGGUCGGCUGGCAGGUGGUGCACUGCGCGGUAGUACAAUUACUAAUAGUGGUGGAAGCCUCUGUGAAGUCCACUUCCUUCCACUGGUUAUCGGAGUUGGAGACAGCAACCGAACGCAGAGACUCAGAUGUGUUGACCAGGCAGAGUUUGCAAGGUGCCCUCAGCCGCUGCCAAUGGGCUCUCCCAGUUUACCCGUCUCCAGCUGUGAGCUAAAUAAAAACACCAGACGCUGCCACCAGCAGCCAUUGGCCACUCACCUCUCCUGCCGACUCUACCAGACCUGUGACCACGCUGUGCUCAUCUCAGGUGGCUGGCAGCAGCAGAUGACGUUCCAGCGUCAUGUCCAAAAUCUUCAGAGGUUUUACAGAAUGCUGCAGAACAAUGGCUUCCACAAAGAACACAUCAAAACCUUCUUCGCCAGCAGCGGACACUUUCCUGAGGACAUAGAGGGUGUGUACUCUGCCACGGAGAAAGCAGUGAUUCGUAACCACGUGUCGUACAUCUGCAGGAAGCAGCACUGCGCUGACACGCUGGUUCUCUACCUGAACUCUCCAACACGCAACGACGGCACCAUGCUGCUGUGGGACGCCAACCUCAACGGCAUUGCUGACCUGAAGGAGCGAUACUCCGUCAACGAGCUGCUGGCCGACCUGGCGGGCUGCAGGGCGACUCGUGUUCUGCUGUUUGUGGACCAGAGCUACAGCGGCGUUCUGUCCAAGAGGCUGCGAGGGUCCCAGAAACAUCUCAACGUGGUUCUGAUCCAGAGCCAGGCAAGGCAGACCCACAGCCACCAGAAGAUGAACCCUGGCUGGGAGGACAGCAGCUGGUCCUUCAUCAACCCUGCGAGCUGCCUGCUGGACCAACUGGGAAAGGGCCCUGGGAUGUCUCGCCUGUUGGAGCCAUGGGCUGGUCUAUUAAACGUGACGCUGGCCGGUGCCCCCUGCAAUGCCACGCCGCCUCUGACGGAUGGCGAAAUGCGGCGAGAGUACCAGGGCUGCCAGAACUUACCAACUGCGCUCUGGCACCAGAAACACAGGAGGACCAACUGAGAGAGAGACAGAGAGACACUGAGACUGACUGCGAAUGGGGUGAUAGAGAGAGAGAAAUUAUUUUGGACACACACAGAACAUAUAAAAGUGUACAAACAUGCAUAUUUAACAGUGUGUGUUAUCUUAGGACAUCAGUUUCAGUGUGCUUGGUGGACACUGGUGUGUAUGCGUGGGUGAGUGAGUUUUCUGUCCUAACUCGGAAGCAACCAUGGCGAUGACAGCCCAUCCCAACGGGAGUGUCCUGAACACCAUGUGAACAGUGUGUGUAUGUGUGUGUGUGUGUGUGUGUGUGUGUGUGUGUGUGUGUGUGUGUGUGUGUGUGUGUGUGUGUGUGUGUGUGUUUGUGAGUUCAGGAAAAGGACAACCACUCUUGCAGACCAUUGCUAGCUUAAGCUUGGGUCAGUGUGUGUGUGUGUGUGUGUGUGUGUGUACAUCUCCUGGGCACUUAAAGAGCCAAUCAUUUUUCUUUCUUUUAAGUGUUAUUUCUUCUUCCUUAUGUUCUUUCUUUGUUGUUCCACUCUUCUCCUCAUAUGGUCCUUUGCUACGAGCUCCUUUCCUCCCAACCUUUCCUUUCGGGAUGUCCUCCUCUAACCUCAUCUAUAUCCUCCCCCUUCUUCAUUUCCCUCCUCUCUCCUCCUUGUUUAUUUUAUUGGCAUUCACUUCCUUACUUCAUCCAUCAUCUUCCAUCUUUCUUUCUGUCCUUUUCGUUCACCUGUCAGUUUCUUUCCAUCUCCAUUCAAAGACAUUCAAAGACAGACAUCCGAGCUGAAAAAACCCUUAAACAUAAGUGAGAUUUGUGCAUUUAGAAUCUCUGCACACAAAACGUUUAAUAACAACAGCGCAAAUCUUUAAAAUGUUCUUUAGAUUCUUGAAUUGAUUUGUCCUAACCUGAGGACGAGGCAAAGAGAUGGAAGAAACUGGGUGGCAGGGAUCAUGAUUAAGAUAUGAAGCACUGAGACUGCCCUCACUGCCACACAGACUGGCUUUGGCAUUUUAUUAAGGGCACAAGUGUGUGUUUGCUCCAUCACAUACUGUGGACGGGCAUCACAUGAAACAUGCACAAUAUUGACCCAUCCCUACACUAACAAUGUACAUGUUGUCCUAUACCUUCGGUGGUACUUUGUGAUAUUUGCUGUACGUGUACCUCCUGUCCCGUCUCCAUCUGAGUAACCAUUCAAUAUACUGUAAACCACGGCUCAGUGUACAUUCCCUCCCUGUUGUGUUGUGUUCUGAUGUCUGUCCUGUUGUACUGAUCUGUUAUACAUUAGAGAUAUGUUUGUUAAAGAGAUGAAAGUCGAUGUCGAGAACAACUUUCCCAUUUCUGAAGGAGAUUUUGGGCCAGAAUUGUGUCCGUCAAGUUGUCAUCUGCAUAUUCACCGUUUGUCUGAUGAUCUGUACAGAGUAUAUCUAGUUGCAUGAUGCAAAACAUGAAAUCUAGUCAAUAAAGUACAUUUAGAACCAGUGAAGUACAUUGGAUUUAUUUAUUUGGCUAGUACCAAUUACAGGUUUUUGACAUUGUUAACUUAAGUCUUGUUUGAAGUGUAAACAACAACGUAACAUGGGUACCAAUUUAAACCCAAAUAAAGGUAUUUUCCUAAA